UACCAAAAGCCGCACGCUGCAAAGUAGAGCAUAUUGAAAACUUAAAGAAAGCACAAAUGGUUUUUGUUGAGCUAAGGGGUAGAGUGCCUGUCUCUUAAGAAAAGUAUAGGCGGGUCGUAAACCACGUCGCUUGCCUGCCUGAGUAGUGCUGAGACCAGAACCGGCAUUGUCCGAAUGACGUCAAGGAGACUUCCACCCGACAAUCGUUGAGAGUAGCAGAACAAGCUCGUCCUGUGCAUAAUCCAUCCAAGAUAUCAACAUGGUCACCACCCGUGGUCAGACAGCAGCGAGCGAAGGCAAACCAGCCUCGACUACAAAACAAGCCAAACCCGCUUCGUCCAAGAAGAAAGCAAGUCCCACUCGCAAGAGACGAACCAAGAAGGCUGUAGAACAGGCGAAAGAGGAAGAGAAACCUGAGCUUGGGAGUAAAAGGGAUGUGGAGGAGGUCGAGAAAGAGCCUGAAGUUGCGGGAGGCGAGAAGGAGGUAGAGGAGCCGCCUACAAAGAAGGCGAAAGCAGAGGUGGAACCACAGGAGGCGGCCGAAACUGGGAAGGAGACUGCGGCGGGGGAGGCUGCUGCGAAGGAGGAGGCGGCUGCGACGAGGGAGACCGUUACGGAGGAGGAGGAGGCUGCGAAAGAGGAGGCUACAGCGAAAGAGGUUGCUGCGAAGGAGGAAGAGGUUCCGAAGGAGGAGGUGGCUGCGAAAGAAGAGGACCACCCUGCGAAGCAUGCCUUCCAAGAAGGCGUUAUCGAACGAGGACACAUAUACUUCUUCUACCGCCCGAAAGUCGAACUCGAGGAGGCCCACUCCAUAGACGACGUCCAACGCUUCAAUAUUCUCCUUGUUCCACGCCCUCCCGAAUUCGCUAUCGAACCCGUUACUACUGAAACCACAAACGUCGAAGAGGAAGAAGGGCCCAUGAAAAUUCUACAACCAGGUGCAGACGUCGUACCUGCUGCACAGCCAACUGAUGUCAAGAAGAAACCGUUCCGCUUGAUUACUGUUGGGAAAAAGAGCUUGCCUGAUCCAGAAAUAGGUGGAGGUAAAGGCGGUGGCAGGAAGCAGGUGUUUUGGGCAACAAUUACGACUGUCGGUGAUGAUCUUGAGGAGCUUGAAGAGGGUCUGGGAGAACGCGAGUACGAAACGAAGACAAGGGGACAGAGAUAUCAGGGCCCUGCUAGACUCGCCGGUCGCGGUGCAUACGCCAUAGUCAACACCCAAGCUCGCACUCAGUCCACUCGCGAGACGCAUCUCGGUUACCACCUCUCCCAUCCGGACCCAGAACACUUCGGUGAAGUACAAAGAGUUCUCGGAAUCCAUGAAGCCUCUUCUUUCGUAGUCCAAGUCAAGAACCCUCUAGCACCAACCAUCGGCGCCAUUCGAGCAGGGCUACCGUCCUACAGGAAAGUGGAAUUCCCGGACAAUAUAAUGAAAGAAGUGUUCGGGUAUAAUAAAGAGGCGGAACAUACGAGGGGCAGGGAGGACUAUGGGCUGAGGUUUACUAGUGUCGAAAGGAGAGAGAUGUUGGAUUAUGAAGGUGUUGAAUUGUUGUUUAUUGCAGCAAGGGAAGGCGAGGAAGGGUUGGAGAGUAGCCUGGGAGAAGGAAGAGGUGAAGCUUUGACAGAAACGGAACUCAAAGAAGCUCAGGAAGAUGUUGAAACUGUUUUGAAGGAGCUUGCCAUUGAUGCCGAAAAGAUUCCCGCUGAGCCACUGAAAGGAGAAUGGAUCUGAGGAAUGUUGAAGGUGAAGCGAGACGAGAAAGAGGACCGGACAUGUAUCUCUAUAUUGUAUGAUUAGUCACUUUGUAUCAUACGUUAUGUAUGCAACGUUACUUACUGUACCAAUAUUCGAUCUAAGAAUGAGCAAGAACGAGCA